AUGACCUUAGUUCAGAAUGGUGGACGACGUCCGGUUCCCAAGAAACGUGAGCCCACUAAACACACUUCCGAGAUGGCUGCACGGGAUUUUGGUCGUCAGGUGUGGGCCCCGGAUGCUAAAGAAGGAUACGUGUUGGGGACACUCGACGACAUCGGUACGGAGAAUAUCACAGUGGUGCGGAAGGACGGCAACGGUCAAAUCAAAGCAAGUUACGAUGAGGUCUUCCCGGCCGAGGACGAUCCGAAGAAAACCGUUGACGACAAUUGUGCACUGAUGUAUUUAAAUGAAGGAACUCUUCUUAACAAUUGUCGACAACGUUAUGUGAAAAAGCAAAUUUAUACAUAUGUUGCCAAUAUACUCAUCUCUAUUAACCCAUACGAAGAAAUCGAUGGUCUUUAUUCAAUUGAUACAAUAAAGAAGUAUCGAGGAAAGUCACUAGGACAAAUGCCACCACACGUCUACGCAGUUGCUGACAAAGCUUAUCGUGAGAUGAGACGCAAUAAAGAAUCUCAGUCAAUCAUUGUGUCUGGAGAAUCUGGUGCUGGAAAAACGGAAUCACAGAAGGCUAUAUUGAGGUACCUUUGUGAGAAUUGGGGAGCUGCAGCCGGUCCCAUUCAGAAGCGCAUACUUGAGACAAAUCCAAUUUUGGAAGCGUUUGCAAAUGCGAAAACGCUCCGAAACAAUAACUCGAGUCGAUUCGGGAAAUUCGUUGAAAUCCACUUUGGCACGGAUGACAAAGUCGCUUGGAGUUUUGUUGUCCAUUAUCUUCCUCGAAAGUCGAGAGUGUGUCGGCAGGCUAACGGCGAACGGAACUACCACAUCUUCUACCAGUUGAUUGCUGGAGCUCCAAGUGACCUGUACAAAAAGCUUCGGCUAGCGCCUCCGGAUAAGUUCAAGUAUCUGAAGUAUGGCACGACUACCUUCUUUGUGCGGCCUGGCUCCAAGUCGAAGGUCAGCUCCGAUCGGCUCAGCGAGCAGGUAUGGCAUAUGUUGUUGUGCUUUCAGUAUUAUACAACCAUCUUCACCAGCAACCCGUGCAGAUCUGAGUCCUACGGCGCUCACAAGUCCCAUUAUUGGCGGACGCCGUCUUUAGCCAUGAUGGUCAUCUUUCCAUACUAUUCAUUUGGACGUAAAAACUUAAAUCGAACAAAUUGUGGCGUCGAGUUGGAAGGAGUUAGGGGCGCGAAAUCUGGUCUGCUGAUCGACGCGAUCGUUGACGAUGCGGCCGAUUUCUCACAUCUCGUGGAUGCUCUUGGAAGAGCCGGACUCACCAGUGAUGAGAUCGGUGAUAUAUGGUGUACGGUUGCAGGAGUGCUACACUUGGGCAAUGUAGAAUUCGAUGAAAACCGAAUGACAUCGAGAGGUGGUUCUGGUAGUGCACCAGUCCAUAUAAGGAUUUCAGGUGGUUGCAAGGUGGCCGCAGAGACUGAGGAAGCGUUGGUGAUUGCCUCUGAACUGCUCGGCUUAGAAGUGGCCGAAAUGAAGAUGGGCCUUGUGUCAAGGAUUAUGCAGGCCACGAAGGGCGGAGUCAAAGGACCUCAUCAGGGGCGUGACGCACUGGCGAAGGCGUUUUAUUCGAAGUUGUUCGAUUGGCUGGUUGCGCGAAUCAAUAAAUCAAUACCAUUCGAGAAAAGUGUCAGCUACAUUGGCGUGCUUGACAUAGCCGGAUUUGAAUUCUUCGAAGUGAACUCGUUCGAGCAGUUCUGCAUCAAUUACUGUAACGAGAAGCUGCAGGACUUUUUCAACGAGCGUAUACUGAAACAGGAGCAGGAGCUCUACGCCAAGGAAGGACUGAAUGUGCCAAAAAUCGAAUACUCAGACAAUCACGAUUGUAUUGAGCUUUUCGAGAAGAAGCCAUCCGGUCUGCUCGAUCUACUCGACGAGGAGUCUCGCCUACCUCGACCCACCCCUCAGCACUAUACGAUGGCGGCUUAUGAGUCUAACAAAGGGCAUUUCCGCUUGGAGAGUCCGCGUCGUUCACGUCUGCGACAACAUCGCGAUCUCCGUGAGGACGAGGCGUUCCUUGUUCGCCAUUAUGCUGGUACUGUCUGUUAUCAGACGGCGCAGUUCCUAGAGAAGAACAACGACACGCUGCACAAUUCUCUCGAAUUCCUCGUAGAACAGAGCAGUGUGAAGUUCAUUCGCAAUCUGUUCGAGGGCAGUCAUGCUCCUGAACCGGCUCCAGGACGGCGAGGAGGUGGCGGACGUCUUCAAGCUGCUACUGUUGGAGGGAAAUUCCGUACUCAACUCACGGUCUUGUUGGAGAAACUAAAAGAAACGGGCACUCAUUUUGUGCGUUGUGUCAAGCCGAACUCGUCAAUGAGUGCCGGUGUUUGUGAUGGUGCGGCUAUAUUGUCGCAGUUGAAAUGUGCAGGAAUGGCCAGCGUACUCAAACUGAUGCAGAAAGGAUUCCCGUCGAGGACAUCAUUUGCCGAUCUCUACAACAUGUAUCAGCGUCAACUACCUCCAGAUUUGGCACGGCUUGAUCCCAGACUUUUCUGCAAGUGUCUUUUCCAUGCUCUCGGCUUGAACAAUAUCGACUUCAAAUUUGGACAGACAAAGGUAUUCUUCCGGCCGGGCAAGUUUGCCGAAUUCGAUCAGUUACUUCGCCAAGAUCCUGAACAAAUGCGUGAGCUGAUCAACCAAGUAAGGUCAUGGCUGUUGAAAGCUCGUUGGCGAAAGGCUCAAUAUGGUGCAUGGAGUGUCAUCAAGUGUGAGUUCCGUUGA